CGUGAGUCCACCGUGACCAUCCUUUCCUGAGACUGGAGCCUGGAGCCAUCAGCGGGCAGGGCAGGGGCUUAGGGAGUUCAGAUCCAUUCAGCCUUCUGUUUGGAGACGAGCUUGGCUGGGGAGCACCGGUGGGGGAAGGAGACUGGCUCCACCCUGGGUGCCCUGGGCUCUGCUGCUGGGCUCCUCCAGCCCUCCUGGGCUCUGUCUCCUGGCCAGGCUGGGCUCUUGCCCCACCAGAGGCUGGGCUGCAGCCCUCUCCAGGCUGGCUCUGUGCCCCACAGCUCCCCUGUCCCAGGGCUCAGCCCCCAGGCCUUGGCUCCGGAGGGCUGCUGUCAGGGGCCAGAGCCCUGCCCUGACGGAUGAGUGCUGACGGCGCCUCUCCCUGCGCCCUCAGCCACUGACACCCCGUCAAACCGCUGUGGGACCCGGGAGACCUGGCCGCCUCCGUGCACCCCCGCAGCAGCCUGCAGGCAACGGAGGCGGGGACGGUGCCGGGCGCCCCUCAUUCGGCCGCACACCUGCGUCUCCACUCCCCGCUGGUCCACAGAGCUCCCGGUCCGUCCCUGCCGGGUGGUGCCACCGGUGUCACCGGCCACCGUUCCACCCAGGACUCGCCAGAGCGGAGGAGAGGGCUGAGCAAGCGUGUCCUGGCGCCCGAGGUGGCCAUGGGGCCCGGGCCCGCCCGCUAGCGGCUGCCAUGUCCCGCGAGGCGGGCUCCUGCCGCCUGGGCGCCGGGGCGCGGGCGCGGGCGCGGAAGCCCAAGAAGCCGCACUACAUCCCGCGGCCGUGGGGCAAACCCUACAACUACAAGUGCUUCCAGUGCCCGUUCACCUGCCUGGAGAAGUCGCACCUGUACAACCACAUGAAGUACAGCCUCUGCAAGGACUCCCUUUCGCUGCUGCUCGACUCUCCAGACUGGGCCUGCCGCCGCGCCCCCGCCGCGGCCCGGCCCCAUGCGCCCAGCCCCGUAGGCCCCGCGGGCCCAGCACACCCAGGCCGCCAGCCCCAGCCCCGGGGACCCCGGCUCUCAGACACGCCCCCCACGCCUGACCCGGCCCCUCAGGGCCUCUCCCUGCAACGCCGCGUGGGGGGCCCAAAGCUGGGGGCUGACGGGUCCCACGGGGCCCCCUCCCCUGGGGCCCGGGAUGCCCAGAAGGAGGUGGGCCCUGGGGGGCUUCUGGCCGAGACCUGGAAGCUGGGGCCGGGUGGGGGCCGAAGGGGCAUAGCCGUGGUGGACGCGGCUGCAGCUGGCCCUGAGAGUGGGGGUGUCCCCUGCUACCCCCCGCCCACCCCCAGCGAGUUCCCUGAGGCCCAGAGCCUCCAUCUGUCCCUGCUAGGUGUCAACUGUCCUCUGGGCCCUGGUCUCUUCUCCUACCUGGGACCCUCCCUGGCCGCCGCAGCCCACAUGCCCUUUCUGGCCUCUGCCAGCCCCCUGUUGCCCCCAACCUCUGCUUUCCCCUCCCCACAGGCCCCUGAGCGCCCUGCCCUGGUCCCCCGCUUGUACUACCCCCUGCUGCUGGAGCAUACGCUGGGGCUGCCAGCCAGCAAGUCUGCCCCUGCCAAGCCCCUAGCCGCCCCAAAGGGGCCCCCUGGGACCCUGGCCCCAGGGCUGCUGAAGGUCCCAGUACCCGGGCUGGGCAGGCCCUGGCCCGGUGGAGCCCCCAGGGACUCAGGGCAGGAGGUGGAGCUGGACCAGGCUGCCCAGAGUGACCCCAAGAGGAAGCUGCCCCUGGGAAGCAGGUUGGAGCCCCAGAAGGGCCCCUCUGGCACAGUGAAGGUCAGCGCCCAGAGCAGCCUUCGGACGGGCCCCUCCAUGAUGCUCUGGCCUGAGGACAAGGAGCCAGGCAACACCGAGACCCCGAGCACUGAGGCGCCCCUGCACCAGCAACCCCUGGGCCUGGUGCCAGGCGGCCCCGGGCACGUGGGCGAGGACCUGACCCGGGCCCUCGGGGACUACGCCAGGGUGGAGCAGCGCCUGGGGCAGCUGGUGCCUGCGGGGGGCCUGGCCCCGAGGCCUCUGCGGGAGCAGCUGGGCAAGAUUCGCCAGGAGUUGCUCACCAUCCACCAGGCCUUGGAGCGGGCUGUGCGGCCCCCAGAUGCCCCCCUCGACCUCUCUGUGAAGCGGGCGCCCAACAAGGGGCCCAAGGGGCCUGUGGGGACCUGGCCGCAGCUGGAGCUGGGCCCCACGCUGGCCCGGGGAACCCCUGAGCCCCCGCGCAUGCUGGGCCCCACAAUAGCUGAGCCUUUCUCUAGCCACACCACCAAAUGUGAGGCUGACUCCAGCGUCCCACCCCCGGGCCUGCCCCUUCAGGCCCCAGAGGACCCUGUCGUUCCUGGCAGCAGCUGGGGGGCCCGUGGUGGCCCUGGGGGCUCCUGGCCCCCUGAGGCUGUCCCCAGCCUCCAGAGCCCCCCUGGUGCAGAGGUGUGACCACAGUGUCUGCUGCUUCCUCUGUUUUUAGCAGACAGGGCCCCUCUACCCCGUGUCCAACGCCCGGCCCCCCACCUGCCCCAGCCCCAGGGGUGCGGCCCAGAGCCUGUCCAGCAUGCCCAUGGACUGACGUCUGGGCCACAGCCCUGGCUUGGGUCUUUGGGGCCCCAAGGGACAGCAGAGAGUCAUAGCUCCUUAUCGAUCACUGUUGUGAGUGUUUGAAUAGAAACCAUCUUCAC